AGAUAUGAGUUUUUUUUUUAAACUCUUUAACAGCGCUGCUGCAUGACUUGAACUUUUUUGAGCAGUCCGAUUUCUUGCGCACACAUACUCUCAUUGAGCCAAAAGAAAGUAGAAAGCGUGGUUGCAUUGAUGUAUAGAUUAACUACUAACUCUUUAAAUAAACCUAAGAUAGGCUACACGGGCAAUGGUUUUAAAUGAUAAAAUGGAUAGUGCAGAUAAUGAUGUUUGCUUUUUUUUUUACCUAUGUACGAGAUAUCAUACAAUCGAUCAUCAUACGAGAAGAACAUGUUUUCGAUCACCAGACCUAUUUAUUUCCGCAUUUCGUAACGAUAACAGCCGACUUUAAAACGUGCAUCGUUUGAUCAAGAAGUGCUGCCUUUUUCAUUUACGG